CCCCGCAGGCGCCUGCGCAAUGGGCCGGCCUUGGGGGGCGGGAAGCGCCCGGGGGCAGUGGAGCCCAUGUCGGCCUUGAGGCGCUCGGGCUACGGCCCCAGUGACGGUCCGUCUUAUGGGCGCUACUACGGGCCUGGGGCUGGAGAUGUGCCCGUACACCUACCUCCGCCCAUAUAUUCUCCCCGCCCCGAACCCCCCCAGCCUCCCAUUUCCUGGCGAGUGCGCGGGGGCGGCCCGGCUGAGACCACCUGGCCGGGAGAAGGCGGAGGAGGCGAUGGCUACUAUCCCUCUGGAGGCGCCUGGUCGGAGCCGGGUCGGGCUGGAGGAGGCCACCAGGAGCAGCCACCGUACCCUAGCUACAAUUCCAGCUAUUGGAAUUCUCCUGCCCGACCUCGGGCUCCUUACCCAAGUACAUAUCCUGUAAGACCGGAAAUGCAAGGCCAGAGUUUGAAUUCUUAUACAAAUGGAGCAUAUGGCCCACCAUACCCCACUGGCCCUGGGACAAAUACUGCCUCAUACCCAGGGGCUUAUUACACAUCCGGGUAUGCUCAGACCAAUUACUCCACAGAGGUUCCAAGCACUUACCGUUCACCUGGCAACAGCCCAACCCCAGUCUCUCGUUGGAUGUAUCCCCAGCAGGACUGCCAGACUGAAGCAGCCCCUCUUAGGGGGCAGGUUCCAGGAUAUCCUGCUUCACAGAACCCUGGAAUGAGCGUGCCCCAUUAUCCUUAUGGGGAUGGUAAUCGUAGUGUUCCACAACCAGGACCAACUGUACGAUCCCAGGAGGACUCCUGGGCUCCUCCGGGUGCUUACGGCUUGGGAGCCCGUUACCCCUGGCCUUCAGCUGCCCCCUCAGCACCACCUGGCAGUCUCUACGUGAGCGAGAGCGCUUCAUCAUGGCCGAGCAGUGGCUCUCCUCGGCCACCUCCUUCCCCGCCAGCCCCACAGCCCAAGGAUUCCUCAUACCCCUAUAGCCAAUCAGACCAAGGUAUGAACCGGCACAACUUUCCUUGCAGUGUCCAUCAGUACGAGUCCUCGGGAACAAUGAACAAUGAUAAUUCAGAGCUCUUGGAUUCCCAAGUCCAGUACAGUGCUGAGCCUCAGCUGUAUGGUAAUGCCACCAACGAACAUCCCAGCAAUCAAGAUCAGAGUAAUAAUCUUCCUGAAGAGUGUUUAUCUUCAGAUGAAGGGACUCCCGCAAGUAUUAAAAAAAUCAUACAUGUGCUGGAGAAGGUCCAGUAUCUUGAGCAAGAAGUAGAAGAGUUCGUAGGAAAAAAGACAGACAAAGCAUACUGGCUUCUGGAAGAAAUGCUAACCAAGGAACUUUUGGAACUGGAUUCAGUUGAAACUGGGGGCCAGGACUCUGUCCGGCAGGCCAGGAAAGAGGCUGUUUGUAAAAUCCAGGCCAUACUGGAAAAAUUGGAAAAAAAAGGAUUAUGAAGGGAUUUAGAGCAAAGGGGAAGCCUGUUACUAACUUGACCAAAGAACUCUUGAUUUUGGUUAAUUACCCUCUUUUUGAAAUGCCUGUUGAGGAGAAGAAGCAAUACAUUCCAACUUUCCUUUGAUAUAAAACUUGAAAAACUGGUAAAGGACUUGGAAGAACAGUUGGGUUAUGAGUUGUUUUCAGUUUUCAGACCAAUGAAUGUAAUAGGAAGCUAUGGAGUUACCAGUAUUGCCAAGUAGUCUCACCCCUUAAGGAAUUUAUGGGUAUCUGCAAGCUGCUUCUUAUCAGCAGGAGGGAAAUCCACCUUAUGUAACAGGCUUAUCAGAAACCUACCAGAUAAGACUGGAUGUUGUCUGAGACAAACAGGCUCUGUUUUUUUAAACAUCUGGAUUACUUGUCAAAUUUUUGUACAUUGUGACCGCUUUCACCGUACACUUUGUGUGUAAAUUACAGCUUGGACUUUAGCCUUCUUGGACCUCUGUUUUGUUUUGUUACUUGUAGUUCACAAAUAUAGUGUUAUUCUCUACUUCUUGGUACAUUUUGUAGUAAUAUGUUUAACAUAAUUACUCAAGAGACUAUACUGACAGCCAGAUAGUAUGGCAGUUCUGGAUGAAUUUAUAUCUUUUCACCACUUGAAUAUAUUGCACUGUGUAGUGAGUUCCUGAGGUAGAUUGUCUCCUUUUUUGUAUAGAUCAUUAGGUUAGAGUUUUACCACUUCUAUUUUUCAUGUUACUAUUGGAAGGUUAAUUUGGAAAUGGCAUGGGUAUAGGAAUGAAAAUGGGGCUAUUUCCUUUUUCGCUGUCUUAAUCGUAUUUGGAUGAAGAUCCACUUUAAAAUUUCCUUUCUUCCCCCUUAAUUAUCUUUUUACUACAGCUGCUUCCAUAUGGAGCAGUGUGAUGAACACAGAUUAAAAAUUAAAUGCCACAGCACGUAGAAAUAAUAACUGCAAAAGUAAUAAAUACAACCAUUUGGGAAUGCUGUUCUCCAUCUAAAAUAUUAGCUUCACCAUCAGGAUCCCUAUGAGCAGAUUUCAGCUCAGUGUAUCUGCUCAGUUUACAGUAAGAAACAACGAGGGUAAAAGAGGAUUCAUGCUCAGGGAAUGAAUCAGCCAUAGCUAGGGUGGGAAAUUGUGUUCUUCUUUUAAAGGUAGAUUUGAUGUUUAUCUUUGUUUCCCUAGAAUAAAUUGCAUAGACAGUAUUGCCUGUUUUAUAAGAAAGAUGUUUACCAUCACUAAUAACAGUCAUUUUAGAGCCAGAUUUAAGGAAGGGAUAUUGAAAGGGUCUUAGCUGGAUUUGCUUGGGUAGCUCUAUGCUAUCAUGUAGAAGAGACUUAGGUAGAUAACUUACUUUUUUCAUCUGAAGUGAGUUCCAGUAUGCAGUAUCUGUUAUUGGAAAAACUGCUGUUUCUUAAUAAGAUAUCCAAGUGAUUUUUUUUCUUGACUGCCAGGCCUAUUAACAAGAAAAUAAAUCCAGCCAUCUCCCCUCCUUAUAAAAAAAACCAAUACAAGCAUAUUAUAUGAUGAGAAGAAGUAAAGUAAAAAUAUUGGCCGGGUCUUAGGUUGGUAUGAGUGAUUUUAUGAGAUAAUAUGGUGACAAUUUUAUUCUAGGAUUUUUAUUUUUGGCCUAAUAUAAGAAUGUUACAAAAGGCUUUUCUAUGAAAAUUUAAAAGUUAUACUUGAAACUAAAUAUUUAGAAGGGGGAGAACCUUAAAGCUGAGUUAACAUAAACCAGUGAGACAAUGACUAAUACAGGAGAGAACACUAUUUUUUAACUGAGUGCCCAAGAUACCAAUUUCCCUGAAGUCUUGAUUUUUUAAUCUAUAAAUCACACAUUAUACACACACACACAUAUAUAUGUGUGUGUGUAUGUUUUUUAACAGUUUUUUUUUUUUUAGUUUUGAGAUAAUUUUAGACCUCCUGAAGAGUUGCAAAAACAGCGGUUUCUGUAUACUCUACGCUCACCUUCCCUUUAUAUUAACAACUUACAUAGCUGUAGAACAUCUGUCAAGUUAAGAAAUUAGCCUUGAUAUAAUGCUGUUAACUAAAGUAGAGAGUUUUGAAAGUAGAGAUUUUCUAGUCUUUUCACUAAUGUCCUUUCACUGUUUCAGGAUCCAAUCCAGGAUCCUGCCUCGCAUUUAGUUGUCAUGUCAUCAUAGCGUCCUCUGAUCUGUGACAGUGUAUCUUGACACCUGAUGCGGUAAUGUAUUUCUGGUGUUAUUAACCUUAGCCACUACGUGAGGUGGCGUCUGCUAGGAUUCUCUGCUGUAAACUUACUAUGCUUUCCUUUGUAAUGACUGAAUGUUUGCUAGAGAUAAUGUGAGCUAUGCAAAUGUCCUGUUUCUGCUUAAACUUUUGCCCACUCAUUUUUGUAUCCACUGGCAGAUCUUGCUUGUUACUACGGUGGUGUUCGAAUGUGACUUUGUUUCUCUUAUUCCUUCUACAUUUAUUAAUUGGAUUCUUUCUGUAAGGGAGGGCUAUUGCUUCUGGAUUUAUAAUUUUAAUUAUAAUAAGAUAUUCAGGAUAAGUACAGACUUAGAACUUAAAGGUGUAAACCAUGUUAAAAUGAUUCCAAAUGCCAAUAUCAAGGAAAGGAAAACUAAAUUGCAACCUGUUCCAGAAAAUAUAGUGAAUAUAAGAAGGAAAAUAGUAUUCAUUUUUUUGUGGAUAUGAUUCAGUUCUUAGUAUUGACUCUAGACUGAAUUCAAAUUUUUUUUGGUAUUUCACAUCUGGACUUUUAAAAAGUGUCUAAGUUUAAUAUUACUUUGGGGAUGAUUUCUGUCAAACUCUUGAAUAAAGUUAUCCGGAUCUGGCAUGUUAAACACAGCUAUGUUCUCUAUAAUAAGCCACUAUUGUUCCAAAUAUAAACGCCAAUGUAAAUAUUUAGAUGAAUUUAAGUUCCAAUGAAGUAUUAGCAGGAUGGGCUGGUCUCUACAUUGUUGGUGGGGAAUUCUUUAAAGUGCUUUGAAAAAUGGGGUUUUGAAAACAGUUCUGUAGUUGGUUAAUGUAAUACCAUUAGAGGUGGGAAGAUUUUUUGUUUAAGUUGAAGAAUAUGGAUUAAAUUGGCGUUAAAAAAAGUUUUUUGGGGGAUGGAUACUUGAUGACUGGAGUUUUUCAUCCUUUUUUCUUUUUAAAAAAGUUAUGAGUUUGAAGACUCAAAUAAUUCUACGGAAGUUAGCAAUUUAAAGAGUCAAUUCUGGGACUCCCCUGGUGGUCCAGUGGUUAAGACUUCACCUUCCAAUGCAGCGGGUGCGGGUUUGAUCCCGGGUCUGGGAGCUAAGAUCCCACGUGCCUCGCGGCCAGAAAACCAAAACAUAAAACAGAAGCAAUAUUGUAACAAAUUCAGUAAAAACUUUAUAAAAAUGGUCCACAUCAAAAAAUUAAAAAAAUCUUUAAAAAAAGUCAGUUCUAUGAAAAGGAGCACUCUUCUGUUCCAGUCCCAUUUUUCCUUCGACAAAAGUAACUACUUUCAAUUGAGUUUUUAAAAAAAGUUAUCUCCAUAUUUUUUUAAUAACACAGUUGUAUUGCUCCCUUUUGAUUUAUCAGCUUUAGGUCAUUUCUACUGAUUUUCUGUUGUAGAGGAUGAAGGUUAGGUCUCUCUGCCUCUACCAUACACACAUCCCAGCUCUCAUCCCUCCAGUUUCUCAAUCCACUUAUAUGGUAAUUCUGUUGUACGUUAUUAUACUAUGUAAAUGCUGCCCAGAGCUCAGUCAUGCAGUAAACUGCUUACUUUUCUUUUCCUGAACAACUCCUUGUUUUCUCUGGAAUGAAUCAUUUGUCAUACUUAUUUUGUUUGCCUAUGUGCUUAUGACUGAUUUGACCUCAAACCCUCCAUCAUUUGUCUAAGUCUUAAGAUGCUCAGACACAUUUUAUCAAUUUUAGGCUCCUGAAGAAGCGUUCCUGGAGCCCUCUGACUGCAGCACUGGUAUGUUCCUGGUGCAUACUUUCAUUCUGGUCUCUUCUGUUCAUCCUGGGGAUUCUCUCCACUCCUUCUGUUGGAUUCCUUUUUUCCAUAGCCUGUGUCGUUCUCUUUCUCAGUUUAUUCCUUCAUUUUGGUAGAGCAUGUUCCCCAGUACCUUCCUGGAAAAGGGUGCAUAGGAAGUAAUUUUUUUCCAUCUUGCAUAUUUGAAAAUGUGUUUUCAUGAUCCUUUGUUUAAAACUUAGUUUUUCUUCCUGGAAGCUUGUAGGAUAUUUUUGUCCCCUCUACAGUACAGUGUUGGUGUGGGUCUGUUUUUGUCCAUUUUACUGGGCACAUUUCGUUCUGGAAACUCCUGCCCUUAAGUCCUAUAACAUUGUCUUGGGUUUUGUUUGUUUGUUUAUUUUCCUCCUCUGCUACCCUAAUCUCUAUUACAUCUUUCUAGAAUUCCUGCUGUUUCUGUUAUAGAUCUCUUAGACUGGUUCUUUGAUUUACUUAUCUUUUCACUUUCAUUUUUUGCCUUUUUGCUGUACUUUGUGGGGGAUUUACUCACCUUUAUCUUCCAACUCUCCACUGAAUUUUGUUUCAUCUAUCAUAUUUUUAGUUUCUAGGAAUUUUUUUGUGCUCUGUGUUCUCUAUGGGAUUCUGCUCUUGUUUGUGGGUGUAGCAUCUUAUAUCUCUGAGGAUAUUAAUGAUAAUUUCUUGAUUUUUUUUCUUCUCAAAUAAUGAAUUUCCUACAAAGUUGCAUUUUCCUUUCUUUUUCAAUCUCCAUCUUUUUCAUGUUAGAGAUAUUUUUUCAGAUGUCUAUUAACUUCUUGGUUGUGUUUUUUACAGUGUCGUUAUACUGGACACCCCAAAUUGCUUCUAGAAAAUGCUUCCUGACUAUACUGUUUAAUUAUUAUUUUUUCAUAAUCUUUCUUGGAGGGAAUAGCUAUUUUGAGUUGAAGUUGAGAAGGGAGGAUUAUCUGGAUAAUUUUUACUCCUCUGUGAAGACAGGAGGGCUUUAUACUCUAUGUGGCUUUUCUCAUCAGGAGUGGUGGGCAGUAGCACAUUUGUUGUAAUAAAAUAAAAUGUGAGGCAGAGGAGAUGCCAGCUGCUGAGAAGGGAGGACUUAGGGGUUUCUGAGAUCAGGGCAUAUUUUCUCUAGCCAGCUUUUAAAUGUUCUUUUAUUUUGCAAUAUAUACCUUAUCCUGGUAAGCUAAUGCCAAGGGUAGUAUUGCCAGAUAAAAUAUAGGACUCUCAGUUACAUUUGAAUUUCAGAUAAACAACAAGUCAUCUUUUAGUAUCAGUGUGUUCCACAUAUGGCAUGGGACAUAAUGAUACUAAAAAUGAUUGUUUUUCUGAAAUCCAGAAUAACUAGGAGUACAGUCGUCCCUCAGUAUCCAUGGGAUUGGUUCCAGGACCCCGCCGCGGAUACCAAAAUCCAUGGAUGCUCAAGUCCCUUAUAUAAAAUGUUGUAGUAUUGCAUAAACCUAUGCAUAUCCUCCCAUAUACUUUAAAUCAUCUCUAGACUAGUUAUAAUACCUAAUACAAUGUAAAUGCUGUGUAAAUAGUUGUAAAUACAAUGUAGAUACUAUGUAAAUAGUUGCCGGGUAUGCAGCAAAUUCAAGUUUUUGGAACUUUCCUGAAUUUUUUUUCUUUCCAAAUACUGUCAGUCCAUAGUUAGUUGAGUCUGUGAAUGUGGAACCGAUCAAUAGGAGUACCAACUGUAUUGUAUUUCUUAUUUUUUAUUUAUUUAUUAUUUGGCCACGCCACGUGGCUUGUGGGAUCUUAGUUCCCUGACAAGGGAUUGAACCCAGCCCUCAGCAGUGAGAGCGCGGAGUCCUAACCACUGGACUGCCAGGGAAUUCCCUAUAUUGUAUUUUUUUUCAUUAAAGUUUUUAUUUUGAGAUAAUUGUAAAUUCACAUGCAGUUUUAUGAAAUAAUUCAGAGCUUUCCUGUACCCUUUACCCAGUUUCCCUCAAUGGUAACAUCUUGCAAAACUGUACUGUGAUGUCACCGCCGGGAUAUUGACAUCGAUAUGGUCAAGAUACAGAGCAGUCCCGUCAGCACGACUCUUCCUCCCGUUGACCUUUCACAGCCGCACCUGCUUCUCCUUUCCCACCGUGCUAAACCCCUGGCAACCACUAAUCUGUUCUCCAUUUCUAAAUUUUGUCAUUUUGAGAAUGCUAUAUAAAUAGUAUUGUAUAGUAUGUAACCAUUAGAGAUUGUUUUUUUUUUUUCCACUCAGCAUAACUCUCUUGACAUUCAUCCAAGUUGUUUCCUGUAUCUAGUUCUUUUUUAUUGCUAAGUAGUAGUCUAUGAUAUGGAUGUACCACAGUUUGUUCAACCAUUCACCUCUUGAAGGACAUAUGGGUUGUUUCCAGUUUGGGCUAUUAUGAAUAAAGCUGCUAUUAUGUACAUUCAUGUA